CUCUCGCACGCGCACUCUCCGCCAGUACGCAUCCCACCCAGGCGCACUCGCACGGCAACAGCAAGCGCACGCCCCAGCACGCGCCUCGUCACCCCGCCUGCUCGUGAAUCGCCCAACUUCAUCGCCCUCAUCUUCAACUCUCGCACCGCCCACGCGAGCCAGCGUGCAACAUGCUCGGCUUCCACCACUUCGGCACCUUUCUGCUCUUUGCGGCAACAAUUCUGCUCAUCGUCGCGAGCAUCACCUCGCCCGUCGUCAACAACAUCGCCCUCGCACGAGCCACCGUCUCGAUCGGCGUCAACCAGAUCCGCGCCAACUUUGGAGUCUUUGGCUAUUGCCUCGUCGAGAACGGCAACUCGGACGUGUGCACCUCGUCGCAAGUCGGGUACCAGGUCCCUCAAGUCCUCCUCACGGUCGGCGAGCUCACGGGCGUCCUGUCGUCGUCGACCGAGUCGGCCGUCAACGCCACGACUUCUGCGUUGAUCCUGCAUCCGAUCGCGGCGGCACUAUCGUUCCUCGCGUUCCUCAUCGCGGCGUGCUCGGACCGGCUCGGGUUCCUGUGCGCGAGCCUGACGGCCGCGCUCGCGUGCCUCGUCGCGCUCGCCGCCAUGGUGCUCGACCUGGUCCUCGUCGCCGUCGUGCGCAGCUACCUGAACCGCAACAGCGCGGUCAACGCGGCCGUCGACGUCAGCUACGAGGUCGGGACGUGGCUCACGGUCGCCGCGUUCGCGUGCCUGUUCGUCGGCGUUUUCACGACGUGCUGCGCGUGCUUGACCGACCGGCGCAGGCGCCGCAACAAGUACUAGAGCGAGCCACACCGAGGCGUAUCAUUGCAGACCCCAACUCUCCCCCACCACGAUGUACUCUCCCUCUCGCACCCCCCUCUCGUCCCGAUACCCCUUCCCUCCCUCCCUCUUGCACAGACACUCGCCGCCCCCUUCUCGUCCGCCCCGCCCCGAGAGUGCAAUAAUGAACCGGUCCCGCAAUC